AUGUUUCACCUUCGUGAAUGGGUUAUACAACGAUACAUAUCAAAUCCAUUCUUGAUCAAUAAUCGAAAAUGUCAUAUACGCGCCUAUGUUCUCGCAGUUUCGAAUAUCAAAGUUUACUUGUGUAAAGAUAUGCUGGCCUUGUUUGCACUUUUACCUUAUACUCCUCAUGAAAUACAAAAUACUUUUUCACAUAUCACAAAUACUUGUAUACAAUCGAAUGAAGUGACUUUUGUGGAAUCCGAUCAAGUAAAAUUAUUUUGGGAUCUAUCUGACAAUGAUCACGACGAACAUAAAAAUACAAACGGGACAACAGAAAACCAAGGAAUAACAAAAGAUGAUCUCCUCGCGAUAUUUAAUCAAAUUAAAGAAAUUCUUAGCGAAUGCUUUGAAGCGAUAGUGAGUGAAAUCACGCAGUUUAUGCCAAUGGAUAACGCGUUCGAGUUGUUUGGAUUUGAUUUUUUGAUUGAUGUCAAUAAACAGGUUUAUUUAUUGGAAGCUAAUUCGUUUCCAGAUUUUAAACAAACUGGUAAUCGGCUAUCACACGUAAUUGCUGAUUUGUUUAAAGAGACUGUUGAAUUGGCGGUUGUGCCUUUCUUUUCAAAGAAUGUCGUAAAAAUAGAUUACAAUGAAAAAAAUGGAGAUGACAGCAGAUUUGUUCUGGUUUAUGAAAAAUUAUUAUUACAAUAG